AUGGCGAUCAAGCACAACCAGAAGCUUGUCAACAACCACUUCCGCAAGGAUUGGCAGCGCCGGGUUCGAACCCACUUCGACCAGCCCGGCAAGAAGUCGCGGAGACGCACUGCCCGCCAGGCCAAGGCCGCUGCCCUUGCUCCCCGACCCGUCGACAAGCUCCGACCUGUUGUGCGAUGCCCUACCAUCAAGUACAACCGCCGUGUCCGUGCCGGCCGCGGUUUCACCCUGGCUGAGCUCAAGGAGGCUGGUAUCCCCAAGGCCUUCGCUCCCACCAUCGGCAUCUCCGUCGACUCCCGCCGACAGAACCUCUCUGAGGAGUCCCUGGCCGCCAACGUCGCCCGCCUCAAGGCCUACCAGGAGCGACUGAUCCUCCUCCCCCGCCGGUCCAACGCCCCCAAGAAGGGCGACACCAAGACCGACGUCUCCAAGAUCGAGAAGGCUUCCGCCAUCUCCACUGUCCUCCCUAUUGCCCCCACCGACAUCGCCGUCAAGGAGAUCAGCAAGAGCGAGAUCCCCGCCGCUCUCAAGGAGGGUGCCUACCGAACUCUCCGUGUCGCCCGAAGCAACGCCCGAUACGAGGGUGCCCGACAGAAGCGUGCGCGGGAUGCGGCCGAGGCCGAGACGGCCAAGAAAUAA